AUGCUCGUUGAACAGCAACAUUAUGAAAGUGUUUUGCAGAUAUGUAUGUUCUUAUCGGCUGCCUAUCAUAUGUUCGGAUGUGCAAGUGCAGAUGAACGAAGAAGGUGGCUUCGUUUCGAUCAGUGUGGUAUAUCGGCUGGAUUGAUCUCGAUCUAUUUGUCUGGCAUUUAUACGGCAUUCCAAUGUUUCGAGAAUUGGCGAACGAACUAUAUCACAGUUGCGCUGGGUCUUUUCGCAUUCGUUCUGUACAUACCAUCAAGAAGUGGCAUAAUGGAUUCGAAACUAUUCGGUACUCGAGUUGGAUACCUUCACUUGAUCUAUAUGUGCGUUGCGCUUUUUGGAAUGCUGCCGACUGUGCACUGGUUCUCACUGCACGGUGGAUUCGAGAAUCCUCAUGUUGUGGUAGGUUGCAUUGUCAGAAUGACUUGCUCUUAUGAAAAAUGCACUUGA